AUGGAGUCAGAGCUAUCAGCCCUUAUCUGGUCUAUGCAAGCAUGUUCCUCAUUGGGUAAUCAGAAUGUAAUUGUUGAAGGGGAAAACAUCUCUAUCCAUAAGUACAUUAAUCAAGAAGCUUUUAGUCCUCGAUUGCAACAUCUAGUAUCAACAGUGAGGGUGGAAGUCGAGUUUCAUUCACUAAAUUUCGUUCAUGGUAAACAACCAAAAUGCAAGUCUAACAUGCACGUGAGCAAUGGACCAACAAAGCUACAAAGCCUACCUACAAAGCCAUGUGAGUGUGGCGAGUGA